AAAUAAAAUGUGGAUAAGGCCCAAAAGCAAAGAGAGAAGAAAAAAUCUUGUGCGUGAUGGAAGUGAAGCUGAGCCAGAAAACACGUCUCUCUCUCCCUCUUCCCAAUCCAACAUCAACAAAUUUUCUAUCUUUCCCUCAUGGUUGCUGUUUGAAAUCGGGGAUCAACAUCAAGUUAUCUACGAAGAAGCAUUUUAAAGGUCUUUCAGAGAGCCGUAGAUUUCAUGUUGUGGAGAUUUCAAAGCCAAAGGUUCUAUGCUCCAACAAGCACUACUUGAUUCAUGUGGUCAAAAGGGGUGAAACAUUUAAUUCAAUUUCAAGGCUGUAUGGGGUGUCUAUUCCUUCACUUGCAGCUGCUAAUGAAAAUGUAUUGGAUGCUGACCUUCUUCUUAAAGGCCAGCUCCUUUACAUUCCUGCUUUUGCCACCACAGACACUCAAAUGUAUCAGAUCAAGAAACGUAGAUUUCCUAGCUUUAGCCAUCAAGGAAGACUCAAAGGUUCUCUGAACAUCUUGGGUGGGGUUUUGAACCAAAAGUCCUUUGUCAUGCUAACUACCCAUGCUUUGCCACAUGCUAAAUCCACUGGUUAUUUUCUAGUUCUGGUUCCUCUUAUUGCAUUUUGCAUCAGAUGCAUAGUUGGUGCCUUCCACACUGGAGUUUUUAGAGAUACGAGACAACAAACUUUGGAUAAAUCAAGGAGUCAUGAUGGGCCCAGGGGUAUGCGAUGGAAAUAUGCCCUGAGUGAUAUUGAGGAUCCUAAACUUGACCCUGGAUCAAGUAUAGAAUCCAAUAAUACUUCUGAGGAUCAAGAGCAAAAUUUAUAUGAAGAUAUGUCUCGUGCUUACAGCAAACUUGAACAUGAUUAUGAAAAGUUUCUAUCAGAAUGUGGAAUGAGCAAAUGGGGAUACCGUCGAGGAGGCUUUCGUCGAUGAGGGCACUAUAGUCUUUGGAAUGAAGGUCAUCUGCAGAAACUGAAUGCCUUUGUACAGAGUAAAUUUAUUUUCAUUGCCUUUUCUUCCCUCAUAUGUAUAUAUAAUGGUUGAAUUAUUUAAAUUGUGUUGAGGUUUAGGAUUAUUUUUAUUAAAGGUGUUUACAUAAUAAUCUUCUGUUCAAAGAAAUGAUUCAUCGAAAUAAUAAGCCACCAUUAGGCCA